UGCAACCAAAACUGGAUUAUUGGCAAGGUGUAUAAAACGCAAGCAAGGAGACCUCAGCGGUAUUCUGCCAGAGCCCUUUCGUGAGGACACUCAGCAUCACUUGAAGAAGACAAACAAUCAUGAAGGUGUUGGCAGUUGUGCUCCUUGUGGGAUUCCUGGCGAUAUCCCAGAUAGAGGGAGGUAGAGGCGGCCACAGAGGAAGUUAUUCAGGAAACAAAAGAGCCUGUUACGACCUCCUGAAACCCAGCAACGCGACGCUGUUCAAAGCCAUCCAGGAUCUGGCCGCUAACCAAACCCUGUUCAAUCAGUCUCUUCUAGACAUGCCGUUCUACAAAGGUAUCAUGAGCACCAUUGAUACUAUCAUCCUGAAAAAUGCAACGGUGAUCGGGGCUGACAACCUGAUAAAUCUGGCCCAGGCCACCACUUACCUGACAACCAAACUCGACGCACUCUCCCCACCCAACCAGCAAUUGAAGGAUGCCAUUCUUGCCCGGAUCGCUACUUGCGUCACGGAGGCUAACGCCAAGACCUCAGUCUUCAAAAGGGCCAGCACUUUCCUCAGAUGCAUCUGCGGAGAGAGGGACAGGAGGGACUCUUCAGAGGGCUAAGGAGUUGGGAUAAAGACUGGAUGCUCCUCAUACCCUUCCUCCCAGGAAUAUUGGCGCCACUAAAUACAUUAGUACUCCCGAGGAAAUGGAACUUUAGUAUUCAAUUUUGGCCCGCAUGACACAUUUUCAAAAUUAAACUGAAGCAUUCAUAA